AUGAUGCCGUCUAGUUCAUAUUCCGCCAGUAAUGCUGAUGCUGGUGCUUCCUCUGCGACCGUUGCGUCCUCCACUACCAAUACUACUGCUAAUGCUAGCACUACUAGCACCACUUCAAAUACUACUCCUAGUGUCACUGCUGCUGCUGCUGCUACUGCUGAGUCAUCGGCAAAUCCGUCUGCUGACACGUCUGUUACAACCUCGUCUGAAGGCGAGUCUGCUGAACCCGACGCCUUGAAUGAAAAUGCGUCGUCUUCUCACAGUUCCUCGUCUAUUAAUAUGACGGCAUCGGCUGCCAACUCUGUGCCAUAUUCUCCAAUGGCUCAGUAUGACCUUCCUUUUACCCCUAUGCUCCCCUCUCAACUACUAUUUGGCUCUCCCUUCCAACCAGGCACGCCGGCCAUCGGCCAGUUUGGCUCGUUUUCCGCUGCUAAUCCUGUUUCUCCUGCCGCUGCUGCUCUAGCUGCUGCCAAUGGUAUGAACUCCAAGUCUCCCUCGUCUCCAUCUUCCGUAGCAGCAGCUGCAGCGGCUGCAAACUACCUUCAACAACAAUACUACUCAUCUCAAAUUGACCUGGAAAACCACUCGCGUACUAUAUACCUGGGCAAUGUUCCAGUUGAUGCCACUGCUGAACAGAUUCUUAACCACGUGCGUUCAGGUGUUGUUGAAAACAUUAAAAUCAUCCCUGAAAAAACUUGUGCAUUUGUGUCAUUCCUCGACCAUUCUUCUGCUGCUCAUUUCCAUGCUGAUGCUGUUUUGAAGAAACUGUCGAUUAAUGGUCAGGACAUCAAAAUAGGCUGGGGAAGGUCGUCUCCAGUUCCUUCUGCCGUUUCUUUGGCUGUGGCCCAUGAUGGCGCCUCGAGAAACGUUUACCUGGGCAAUCUGCCCGACGAUAUCACCGAACAUGACAUUUAUAACGCAGUUUCCAAGUUCGGUCCUAUUGACACUAUCAAGCUGAUUCGUGAGAAAAAUAUCGGAUUUGUCCACUUCCUCAGUAUAGCCACUGCUACUAAAGUAGUGGCCCAGUUACCUCAAGUGCCCGAGUGGUCUAAUCGCAAGGUAUUCUAUGGUAAAGAUAGAUGUGCAUAUAUUUCCAAGACUCAGCAGCAAAAUGCCGCUCAGUAUCUUGGAAUUGCUUCUGGAUUCGAACAUGUUCUUGCUAAUGUCGACCGCGAGGUGCUAUCAAACGCUCUUGCCCAACAAUCGGCUGCCGCUGUUGCAGUUGCUACGACUGCUGGUGGUGCUAAUAACAUUGGCAACCGUACUAUUUAUCUUGGAAACGUCCACCCAGAGACUACUAUUGAAGAAAUCUGCAACGUUGUACGAGGUGGCCUUCUUCACAACAUUCGAUAUAUUCCCGAGCGACAUAUUUGUUUCGUGACGUUCAUAGACCCCACUGCCGCUGCUCAGUUCUUUGCCAUGGCUAAUAUUCAAGGUUUGUCGAUUCAUAAUCGACGAUUAAAGGUUGGUUGGGGUAAACACUCUGGUCCAUUAAUGAGUGCCAUUUCUCUAGCUGUGACUGCUGGUGCUAGUAGAAACGUGUAUAUCGGGAACAUCGACGAUAACUGGCCCGAAGCCAAGCUACGUAAGGACUUUUCCGAGUUUGGUGAGAUUGAGCAAAUCAAUUUCCUGCCUGAAAAGUCGUGUGCUUUUGUCAACUUCACUGAUAUCACCAAUGCCAUCAAGGCCAUUGAAGGUAUCAAGGAGAAGGACGAGUACAAGCAGUUUAAAAUCAACUUCGGCAAAGACCGGUGUGGAAACAGUCCUCGAGUCCCCAAUCAACAGGCUGCUGCCGCUGCAGCUGCUGUUUCUACGAAUGGCGAGGCGAGAGAUGGUACCAGUGGCGAUGCAUCGAGUCCACCAGCCGGGUCAGAUCAAGACCGUGUGUCGCCAUCGAUCCUGGCCACCUCGUCCCGCAGCCAGGCACUAGCCCAGUACCUGUCACAAGCCCAACACGAGCAAUACAUGUAUGCCGCUGCCAUGGCUGCUGCUGUUGACCAGGCCAGAUACCAACAACACCACCUGCACCAUCAGCUAUACUCCAAUGGCAGAGACUACUACUUCUCGCACGGUAAAAACUACUACGGCGAUGUCAGCGACGAGGGCGACAACGAAAACGACGGCGAGAUCUCCAAUGACGAAGCCGACGAGUCCAAAGCCACCGCACAACAAGACCUAGAAGAUGACGAGGUCAGCAACACCACACUCGGCGAGCUGUCUCCCCUGCCCGAAGACAAGGCCAAGUCCGACCUGACCACCAGCCUCGAGAACAUCAAAAUCGACAGUAGCACCACUGUCUACGGCCUGGCCAUCGAGUCGUAG